ACGGAGGCCUUCAACCAUGGACUCAAAAACACACAUAGAAAUUGUCGGCUUGAUUAAAGAACAUCAUUUCCAUGUUGCCAGAAGUGUUGCUGAAGGGCUCAAGCAGAAGUUUCCUGAGGCCUUUCUCCAUCCAAAGAUUCAACCACUACUGGAAUUUGACUGGCACACAUAUCUGUCCCAAAAGAAAAUGGAGCUGCGUGGUGAAGCGUGGCAGUACUCCAGCAGCCUGAUGUGCUUUCUGAACGGCCUUCUCCUUGGUGAUGAGAAGGAUCUCGCAUGCUGGGCCAAGAAUCAGUGGAGUUUCUCUUUCACUCGGCCACAGGCUUUCUGUAUGGCUCUCGCUGAAGACUACUACACCAAACACCUCCGGAACAGUGGGCAUCAGUUUGUCUUCAUGGACAUUGAAAUAGCAGGAGAGGCAGUCGGGAAGUUAUUGUUUGAGCUUUUCUCAGAUGUCUGUCCAAAGACAUCAAAGAACUUUGAGGCUUUGUGCACAGGAGAGCGAGGUCUGUCACAGAGCGGCCUCCCACUUUGCUACAAGGGCUCUGUGUUUCAUCGGGUGGUGCCUAACGGCUGGGUGCAAGGUGGAGAUAUUUCUCCAGAAAGGAAAGGUGAUGGAGGGGAGUCAAUCUAUGGACCAACAUUUGAAGAUGAGAGCUUUGCCGUGUCCCACACUAGACGGGGAACUCUAGGAAUGGCCAAUAAGGGUCCCCAUACCAAUGGAUCCCAGUUUUACAUCACCCUGCAGCCAACACCCUGGAUGGACAGGACCUAUGUUGCCUUUGGUCAUGUGGUUGAGGGUGUCGACGUCCUCAGGAGAUUAGAAGGAGCUCUGACUUGCAAUGAAAGACCAAAGUAUGAAUGUAAAGUUACAGAUUGUGGAGUGUUAAAGUUUUAA